CCACUUCUAUAUCAUGUUAGGUCAGUUUAUGGAACGGAUCAAAUACACCUCUGUCACCCCAAAUAAUCAGUACUGAGAUAGUGUGAUCAAUGUCAUCCGUGUUUCUUUGUCGACAAAAACUUCAGAAAGCGGUAAUACAGCACACUGUGUGGAGAAGAUAUUCUGAAAUCAAAAUAAUGUCGGAAAAAGCUCUGGGUCGAGGGACCCAGUGCCCCCCUCUAGCCCCAGGUACCCUUCGCCUGUACAGCAUGAGAUUCUGUCCAUACGCCCAGCGGACACGUCUGGUCCUUUUGCAUAAGAAUAUAACGUUUGAGACAGUAAAUAUCAAUUUAAAACAGAAACCUGACUGGUUUUUGGCGCGAAAUCCAGUCGGUCUUGUUCCUGUAUUAGAAUUUGAUGGCAAGGUGCUGUACGAGUCUAAUGUGUGUAACGAGUACAUUGAUAACGUUUACCCGAACCCCAAACUGAUCCCAACAGACUUUUAUCUCGCAAGCAGGGACAAGCUGCUAUGGGAAACGUUUGGAAAGGUGACGGAAUUAUUUUACGAGAUACCAAAAUCUGUGGCCGAUGGAACGUUAGACAGAUGUCUACGUCGAUUUAAGAGACAAUUAAAACGUUAUGAAGACGAGCUUACAAAGAGAGGAGAAUUCUUCGGAGGAUCAUCACCAUGUAUGGUGGAUUUUAUGAUUUGGCCUUGGUUUGAAAGAGUACCAAUUUUAGCAGUAAUAGCACCGGAGGCGGAAGUGAAUUCUAAUGAGUUUCCACAUUUGCAUUCCUGGAUGAAACUAAUGAUGAAACUUCCGGCUGUGAAAGAGACAUAUGAGGAACCUUCGGCUCACAUUCAUUUCUUUUCGACACUGAGAGCAGGAAAUCCAGACUAUGAUUACGGGUUGAGUUAACAAAA